AUGGAUAAGCAAGACUGGGGUGAUAUCGAGGAGGCGGAGACCGACAUGACGGGAACCAAGGUCUUCGAGACGCAGCCCGAUGAGCACGGCGUGCGGCUGAAGACCGUGAUCGAGUACUCGACCAAUUCCGAGGGCAAGACCGUCAAGACGACCAAGAACUACAAGCUCUACAAGAAGGUGACUCGCAUUAACAAGCGGGUCCAGGAGAGGAAGAAGUUGAAGAAGUUCGGCGACUGCCGCCCGGGCGAACAGGGUAUCACACUCCUCUCCAACGAUAAGAUCAACAUCGAGACCCCCGGCAAGAAGAAGAAGGACAAGGAAGAGGAAGCGCUCAAGGCGUCCGAGAUGGCCGAGGCCGGCAUCAAGGAGACUUGGAAGACCCGCGCUCAGCGUCUUGGCGCUGACAGCUGGGACACUAUCACCGCCAAGGCUGCCACUCCCGGCGGGUCCGAAGCUGCGGCUGAUACGCCGAGCAACGUGUACGUACCGCGCUCGCUGCGGGGUGGUCCCGGCGGCGCUCCUGGCGCCCAAAGCAGAGACGACUCCACAACGGUGCGAGUGACAAACUUGUCGGAGGACACCCGCGAGGACGACCUCAGGGAGCUCUGCAGGAGGUUCGGCCCCAUCCAGCGCGUCUUCCUGGCCAAGGACAGGCACAGCGGUCUCUCCCGAGGCUUCGCCUUCGUCACCUUCGUUUACAGGGAGGAUGGUGCCAAGGCCAUCGAGGCUCUCAACGGUUUUGGUUAUGAUCACCUGGUGCUCGCCGUCGAGUGGGCCAAGCCUUCUGGUCCCGGUUUCUAA